GGGAUGCCUUUGAUGCCUGGCUGAUGGAAAAGAAAAGGAGGGAGUCUCUAAUCAAGAUGAAACCGAUUCCAGGUACAGAGGGAGAGCCAUCAACUGCCAAUGACCUAUCUCUGGCAAUGAUGAACCUUAUCAGAGAAUGGAGAGACUCUCAGUUUGAAGAAACUGUUCUUGAGGUAAUUCCUAACUCUCCUGACCCAACCCCAUCACCUCCCAAAUCCCCCUCACCUAAACCAGUCACACCAACCACAACUCCACCCCCCUCUCCUCCUCAACCUCAGCAAAUCCCAUCUCCAACACCCAAGAAAUCCUCCACACCAAAACAACCCUCACCCUGCCAUCAGAUAACCCCCAUCAGAAGCCGAUCACCCUCACCUCCUCCUCCAUCACAUCAUCAGAGAACCCCUAUCCCUCAGACUUCACCCCAUCAGAGCCCCAACCAUCAGAAAUCCAAAUCUCCCUCUCCUCAGCAGAAGCCUACAUCUAACUGUCCCUCCCCUCAGCAUUCUGCUGCCUCAGCACAAAAGAGAGAGCCAGUUGUAAGGAUUCUUUCCUCAACUGAAGAUAAUGAUGGGUUUCUCACAGCUUCAAUGGCUGGUGAUCUUCAAUCUGCAAAGAGAAAGACUCCUACUCCUCCUCUAUCUCCUGCUCAGCCUCAACCGCAGGUCAACCAAGUACCUCAGCCAGAACCACCCAAAGCUGUCCUCAUUCCCUUCCAGGAAUUUGUGGAAUCAGCAGAGGACUUUGGAGAUCAGAUGGUGGCUGGACUGAACAAGCUACUUGUACUAAAUCAGAAGCAUGAUGCUCAUCUGGAUUUGGUACAGUACAACAUUGAGUCAGGACUUGAAAAAAUCGCCAACGCCCUCUCACAACUGUCGACUACCUUCUUCAGCUACAUGAAGACAUCCAAUGAGAAGGUUGAUGACAUUGCUUCCGAGGUUGCCAGUCUGCACACAGUCCUGUUCUCACAAUCUCAGACUCUCUCUGCUCAAGACAAGGCUAUUCAAGACCUAUCUGAUGCUGUGGAUGAUCUUCAAUGGUCCUCUGAUAAGCAUGCUGAGCAGCUCACAGAUGUAGAGGACAUCUGCAAAACCUUGAAGGAAUUUGACAUCAAAUUGAUAAACAGUGGAAAGGACAGGGAUCACAAGUUGACCCUCCUUGAAGCUACUACCAAGGAUAUUCAGUCGGCUGUGGGCAAGCAAAAGGAGCUGAUAGAAGGGCUGGCUUCUGUAACUCAGACUCUGCCAGGUACCCUUGAAGCUAUAAAAGAGAACAAUGCUACAGAAUUCUCGAAAAUUGGAC